CAAGCAAGCAGCAGCCCCCGCCGCCCAGGCGUCAGAGGCAGAAGCCUGGGGGAAGCAAGUCCCCUCCCAAAUGGGCCGCUGGAGCCCAGCCCCUCGCCGCCUCUGCAGGCAGCAGCGGUGGGAGCCGGGACUGAAGAGGUUAAUGUGCAUCUGCCUCCGAAUGUUAAUGUGUCUAGGUGAUGUCAGUGGGAGCCGGGAAGGAGGGAGUCGAGAGCACUGGGCUGGGAGGCGGCGGCAGAGGUUGCCAGGCUGCCGAGGAAGACCCCCUCCAGCCUGUGGGGCGUGCUCCAGGACCAAGUGGCCAAGGGCGCUGGUGGCUGCCGCAGCCUGCGUGGGUGGACGGGAGCUCAACUCCGGGGGCGCAGGCGACCCGCUCCAGCUGCAUGGACCUGCAAGCCGCGCUGCUGCCCACUGGCCCCAAUGCCAGCAACAUCUCCGAUGGCCCAGACAACCUCACUGCCCCCGGGUCUCGCCCAGGCACAGGAAGUGUCUCCUACAUCAACAUCAUCAUGCCUUCGGUGUUCGGCACCAUCUGCCUCCUGGGCAUUGUGGGGAACUCCACAGUCAUCUUCGCGGUCGUGAAGAAGUCCAAGCUGCAUUGGUGCAGCAAUGUCCCCGACAUCUUCAUCAUCAAUCUCUCCGUGGUGGACCUGCUCUUCCUCCUGGGCAUGCCCUUCAUGAUCCAUCAGCUCAUGGGCAAUGGGGUCUGGCACUUUGGGGAGACCAUGUGCACCCUCAUCACAGCCAUGGACGCCAACAGUCAGUUCACCAGCACCUACAUCCUCACUGCCAUGGCCAUUGACCGCUACCUGGCCACUGUCCACCCCAUCUCUUCCACCAAGUUCCGGAAGCCUUCAGUGGCUACCCUGGUGAUCUGCCUCCUGUGGGCCCUCUCCUUCAUCAGCAUCACCCCAGUAUGGCUCUAUGCCAGGCUCAUCCCCUUCCCGGGGGGCACCGUGGGCUGCGGCAUCCGCCUGCCCAACCCGGACACUGACCUCUAUUGGUUCACCCUGUACCAGUUUUUCCUGGCCUUUGCCCUGCCCUUUGUGGUGAUCACUGCUGCGUAUGUGAGGAUUCUGCAGCGGAUGACAACUUCAGUGGCCCCCGCCUCCCAGCGCAGCAUCCGGCUGCGGACAAAGCGGGUGACCCGCACGGCCAUUGCCAUCUGCUUGGUCUUCUUUGUGUGCUGGGCGCCCUAUUACGUGCUGCAACUGACCCAGCUGUCCAUCAGCCGCCCGACCCUCACUUUCGUGUACCUAUACAAUGCGGCCAUCAGCUUGGGGUAUGCCAACAGCUGCCUCAACCCCUUUGUGUACAUUGUGCUCUGCGAGACCUUCCGUAAACGCCUGGUCCUGUCGGUGAAGCCUGCGGCCCAGGGGCAGCUUCGCGCCAUCAGCAACGCUCCGACUGCAGAUGAGGAGAGGACAGAAAGCAAAGGCACCUGACUCCUCCCAUCACCUGGACAUCUCCGAGUCAGGUCGCCUCAGCAAGUCAUGGGGAGAGAUGCUGAGAAAAACCUGGGGCUUCCAGGGGGAAGGCAGGGAGGCUGGGGUGGUAAGGGGUUGUGGCACCUGGCCAUUCCACGGGGUCCAUGGACAGCUGGGGAGGCUUGGAGCCAAGGUAGGGGGCUUCAGACAUCAGAAAUCCGCUUAGGGGAGCAGCAUGAGGCCUUGGAGGAACAGAAGCUGAGGACAAAGAAAAUGUUGGUUUGAAGGUCCUGCUGAGCUCUACUUUUGUUAGCUCCCAAAUGUCUUUUUCCUAGGGGAAGAGGUGGGUUUGUCCGGGCCCCUGGGAGGUUGGGAAAGGUGGCAUGGCCCGACUGCUCUUUCCGGUCUCUCUUCACUGUGCUAGAAGGCAGCCUUUCUCCCAAGCUGGCAGCUGAGGCCCAGUGAAGCCUGCUGUCUCCUGCCCAGUGUGCUGUGUGGUCCUGUCUGUACGGGCAAUGCAGGAGUGUGCUGGGAGGCGGGGCUCUGAUCCUACUGGAGUAGAAGGUGACCUGGGGUGGGUGUGAAUGAGGGUCUUGAAACUCAUAUAAAUGGGGGAAGGGACUCCUGCAGCCUUGGGGACAUUUUCUUCAUGGGCCAAAUUGGCGCAUCAGUGGCUGAUACACAGUGGGCAUCCACGUGUUCUGCAUGUGCAGGGGGUCAUUCCAGCACCUAGGGUGUUGACACUAUAUUUCCUCUGCAGAAUCAAAGCAAAUAAAAGAAAAUCUCCACCCACAGGACUCUGGAUGCUCUGUGUAGUUGCUUGGGCUCUGGAAUGGGGGUGGGCAGCAGACAAGGGAAAGAGGGGUGCCUUGGUGGUGUGGCAUUAAGACUUUGGUUCAGCCUGCAUUUUAGGGAGCCUUGAGUAGGGGAUCUGUUUUGCUAAACCCGCAGGGAGGAUUCUGGCAACACUAAUGGAAUUACUGUGAAUUCAUUAGAUUGCA